UGAAUUCAGUGGAGGUCCAGCUGUGUCCAGGGAUAACGUGUCAAAAUGCAAGCUAUGCAAGUUGCUCAGAACAAGGGAAUCUGGCAAGCAAAUAAAUAAUGUACCGACCACCUUAUGCCAACAUUCCUACCGCAAAGCCCACAAUCCCCAACCGCUCCCCCCCCCCCCCAACCAUCAAAUCAUCUAUCAACACCCACAAACCAGCAGGACCCAAGAGAUCAACCCCAUAUCUCAAAUGCAGUUCAAAGCCAGGAGCGUUCAGCCCAACAAACAAAGGCUAUAUAUAAAACACAGAGAACAAUGAGUUAUUAAUAGUCAAACAAUGAGCCAGAGGGUUUGAUUUUUGGGGGUGGAACUUCAGGAGGGGGGAAUUCAAACAGAGGCCUAUAUAACCACAUUCCGCGUGGCGGGAGGAGACGAGCACACGCGCAGUCCUGUGGAUGGAUCAGAGGUGCAGGCAGAGGCAGGCCAUGUUCAGGACCUUGCGCUUGGAGGACCUGUGCUCCACUGUCAGGCUGGAUGACUGCCGGGGGCGACUGGCGGAUCGGGGCCCCGCGGCGGGAGAGGGGGCCAAGGGAGAUGAGCAGUGGCAGGGGAAGACGAGGGACAUCCGUGCUGUGAAGCUGUACUGGUCCGUCCUGACGGGGGACGCCCAGGAGCUGAGGACGCUGCUGAAGAGGAACUACGUGGAUGUGGACGUGCUGUACGACAUCGGCCACGAGGAGUUAGAGUGGCGCUCCAGAACAGCAGGCAAUUUUGGGCACUCAGGUCUGUGGUCACUGGAGUACAAACGGGAGCUGACCAGUCCCCUCUGCAUUGCGGCAGCCCAGGGGUACACAGAGUGCCUGCGCUACCUGCUGGAGCACGGCGCCCGGCCCAACCUCACCGCAGGGGGCAAGACCGCCCUGCACGAGGCCUGCGAGAACGACAACACCGACUGCGUCGAGCUGCUGCUGGAGCGCGGGGCCAGCGCCGGCCUGCCGAGCGAGGACGGCUACACACCCCUCCACCUCUGCAGGACGCCCCAGUCCCUCCGGUGUGCCAAGGCACUGGUGCGUCACGGCGCCAGGGUGGACGUGGCGAGCGAGGACGAGGGGGAGACCCCGCUGCACGUGGCUGCCCGCCACGGCCUGCAUCACCACGCUCAGCUGUACCUGCGCUACGGGGCCGACGUCAACGCCCGCAGCGCUUCAGGGGUAACCCCCCUGGGGGCGGCGUGCGCGGGGGCCCAGGGCCCCGCGGACCAGGACGAGGGCCAGGAGGACGGCUACCUGCAGCUGUGCCGCAUGCUGCUCGCGUACGGCGCCAACAUCAACCUGGCGGACGGCGAGCGGCGCACUCCCCUGCACCAGGCCGCCCGCAACGUCCAGCGCCCCCUGGUGGAGCUGCUGCUGGAGCAUGGCGCCGACGUCAACGCCCUGGACUACAACGGCGGCACGCCGCUCUCAGGCGCCCUGCAGAACGCCGUCAUCAAGGCCCAGCUGCAGCCGCACCUGGUGGUGCAGACGCUGCUCAACCACGGCUCCAUCAAGAUGUGGCCCCUGGCCCUGCUCAAGGUUCUGACAGCCUGUGCUGCAGCUCCUAAAACAGUGGAGACCUUGUUCAACUCGUACACCCAAGUCAUUGUCACGUACAAGUGGCUGGACGCCAUUCCAGAGGAGAUUGUACAGAUGCACCAGACCUUCUACGAGUCCCUCUUCGCCCUGGAGUGCAGGCCGCGCUGCCUCCAGCACUUCUGCCGCUCGGCCCUCCGGAAGCACUUCGGGAAAGACUGCCACCUGCAGGUGCCCCGCCUGCCCAUCCCCAGAUCCCUGCAGCGCUACAUCCUGCUGGAUCCAGAGGGCUUCCUGUGCUAGAGCGCCCGGAGCGCGCUCUCUUCGCUCCCAAGACGCCUGCGUCAGACGCCCGCUCACGCACCUCGAGGACAGUGGAACACAGCCACCAGUUUUCUCCCUGGAAAUGAACAGAUUAGACACUAAAGUGAGUUAGUCUCAAUAAUAUUAACACAUUACUGCAGGAUGCAAAUCAGCCAGCCAUGAACAGGGAAACACGGUGGUGAACACAGACAUCCCAGUCAUCACCGCAGACAAAAUGGGAAACGGCCACUUGAAAUGGCAGGAAGCGGAGUUUCAGACGUAGGGCACCGUUGCUGCAUUAUUUCACCUGCAGAGGGCACUGUGGAUUCAAUGUGAUCCCGCCAUGCUGACGGCUCAUACGGUGGUCACGGCUUUUUUCCUUAUUUGUUUUCUGCUGAAGUUUGACACAUUGAAAUGUGCUGGCGUUAUUGCAUUUGAUGUUUUGCAGAUAGAUGUUUUUAAUUACUGUUACUGUUUCUGUAUGUUUGCAAUGGAUUUUAUUUUUUUCUUUCUUAUGGGAGUGCUGCUUUUGAUGUUCCAUGUGUUAAAAAAGCAUUUUCAUUGAUGCUGUAUUGCUUUUAACAAGAUGUAUGUAAGGGAUUCACACAUAAUGGGCAAGUAAAACCAUGUGGAAAUGGACCUAAUAGGUUGCACAUGAAAAAAAGCUGAGUGUUCCUCAGUAUUAAUGAUGGUUUCUCCAUUUUAAAAUCACUUAAAUAAAUCUUGACCCUGUUAUGGGUGAAAUCUGUCCCUGUACCAUUGUAUGAACUUUAAGUUGCUUAAUUAAUUGAGGCAUUCAUCAAUCCACUUUGUGUCUACACCAGGAUGACAAAUCAGGGACAUUUGAAUGUAUAUUUAGGUCAUGAAUCUUCAUGACAAGACAUUUAACUGUUGGAGGUAAAGGGAAUAUGACACAGAAAAAGAAUAUAAUAAUUGAUAAAUAUGAAUCACCCCAAGUUAUACAUUUAAAAACAAGGUGAUUUUAAACUAUACUUCAAAGUUAUUGGUUUGAAACCAGGCAUCUUCUGCAGUACCUGUUAGAUUAGAUUAUGUGCACAAAACCCUUGUGAACUAAAUUGUGAUUAUUUAAAAUGACCCCUUGUCCAAAGAAAGACCAACUUUGAGACCAAAUCCUUUGGCAAACCAGAGAUCAAUGUUAAGGUAAUAAUCCACCUGUCUGAUGGAUGUAAACAAUCACAAUAUUUUGUUCAUAAAACAAAUCCCGGAAAAGGGGAAAAGGGUGUAUCUAGUAUUUUGUAUUCUAUAAUGUUUUCUAUUGAAAUUAAAUAAAGUAUGAAUUGUACUUCUGGAAGUUUU